GGGACCGGAGCUGUCUCCUCCCCACCCUGCCUGGCCAGAGUCUCAGUCAGGGAGCCCUGGCAGCUGGCACAGCUGCUCCAGAGAACCCAGGCGUCCGGCGGGGCACCCACACUCGGCUCUCUCCAAGGCCACGGCAGGCAGCGAUCCCCGGGGAGGAGAAGGGCCAUGGGGCGUCUGUCCGGGAGCUGGGACCCCCCCGCAUGGGGCGGCCCCUGGAAAGGGCUGCUGCUGGCAGCCUCCGUCCUGGGCUCCUGCCUCCAGCCGGCGCCGGCCCAGACCCCGGUGACCAUCGUCCUCACCCCGCCGAGCCCCGCGGUGGGAGGGGGCGUCAGCCUGGCCCCCCAGAAUCCGCCACAGGACUUGCGGACCUGCAGCUGGUUCCGAUCAGCGACCGCGGAUGAAAACACCCGGAUCCUCACCUACUACCCAGGAACACCCCCUGUCCAGACCCCCGGCCCGGCCCACACGGGGCGGGAGACAGCGGGGCCGGACUGCGCCCUGCACAUCGCGGGGUUAAGGCUCAAUGACACCGGGAGCUACAUGGUGCAGAUUCAGAGCCCGACUAGCCCUGGCCUCGCCACGGUGCAUCUGCCCGUCUCUGAAAUGCUGCCCAAGCCCAUGGUGACGCCAAACCAAACCCAGGUGCUGGAGAACGGGAACUUCACCCUCACGUGUAACAGCUCCCCCCACACCGACACCCUGCUCUGGCUCCGGGACGGGGCGUCCCUCGCGCCCAGUGACCGGCUGGGGCUGUCCCCUGACAACCGGACCCUCACGGUGUCGGGUGUCACCCGGGGCGAUGCCGGCGCCUACCAGUGCGAGGUCAGGAACCCCAUCAGCACCGAACGCAGCGAGCCCAGCAACGUGACGGUGGCCUACGGGCCAGACUCUGCCAGGAUAGACCCGCCAGGACCCAUCGACCUGACCCUCGGGUCCCUUCUCACCCUGUCGUGCGUCGCCGACUCCGUCCCAGCCCCGAGCUAUUGCUGGGUCCUCAAUGGCACCGACACUAACGAGAACGGGACCAGCUUGACCUUAAACCCCACGACCUUAGAUCACCAGGGCACGUACGAGUGCCAGGCUCACAACCCAAUUACCAACCGCACUGCCCGGGCGUCUGUCGCCGUGCGGUUUGUGGACUCAAAUUCACCCCCAGGCCUGUCACCCGGAGCCAUCGCUGGGAUCGUCAUCGGGUCGCUGGCCGGGGCGGCGUUGAUCGGGGGGCUGCUCUACUUCCUGCUCUGCAAAACUGGAGGGGGGCCCAAGCAGCGCCCGUCCGUCGGAGGCCAGGCCGCGCCCGCCCACAACCAGGGUGUCGGUGACAACAAACCUACCUUGGGUGAUGAGAACAUUCAAUAUUCUACUCUAGCCUUCACCGCAGGAGACCAGAAGCCGCCACCCGGGUCCCAGCCCCGCCCGGAGAGCGGCACCGUCUACUCGGAAAUCAGAAAGAAAUGACUGUGAUUUGCUUGGGACUCUCGGGAAUUACUGCACCCCCCACACCCCUCCCGCCCCCACCCAGGGGAGCAUCUGCCGUACCCCCCCCAUGCAGGACUUGCUGGGGGGCAGCUCCAGUCCCACCUACACCCUCCCCCCCAUGCAGGGUCACUGCCCACUGGGCACAAUGAGUGUGGUCCCCUCCCCGGGUGAGGGCCAUCAGGACUCCUGAGGGGCUCUGGGAGGGGAGGGGGGUCGAGUGGUUACAGCAGGGGGCUGGGAGCCAGGACUCCUGGGUUCACCUCUGCUUUGCACAGGGGUCGGGGCUGGAGGGGGUGUGCUAUGCAGAGGGGGAUGGUCGGUGUGUGGGGCUGAAGGAUAACAGGUGACACCCCCACCCCAGGCCGCGCUGUCGGUGCUGGCUGGCACAGGGUGUGGAUCUGGGCAGCCCCGGGCAGGGGUGAGGCAGUGAGUCACCCCAUAGCAUCUCAGCCCACAGCUCUGUGCCCCCCAGCUCCACCCCCAGCUCUCCGCAUGCCCCUCCCCAAGCCUGCUGCUGUCGGACAGCCUCCGAGGUGCAGGGCGGUUGUGUUGCUCGGGGGGGGGGGUGUGAUGAUUGUGCGGGGUGGGGG